CACCUCUCCCCCAGGAUGAGCGCUGAGACCAUGGAGGUAAGAUGGUUCCGAUCCCAGUAUUCGCCAGUGGUGCACCUGUACUGUGAUGGGCAGGAUCAGUACAGACAGCAGAUGCCGGAAUAUGGAGGGAGAACUGAGCUCUCGAAAGACGACCUCACCAAUGGGAGAGUUUCCCUGAGAAUACGCGAUAUCCGACCUUCCGAUGAUGGGCAGUACACGUGUCUUUUUCAGUCCGGUGACUCUUCUGAAGAAGCUUUAUUGGAACUACAAGUGGCAGGUUUGGGCUCUGCUCCUGGCAUCUCUGUGGAGGGACAUCAGGACAGAGGGAUCCGGGUGGUGUGUCGAUCACCCGGAUGGUACCCACAGCCCGAGGCUCAGUGGAGAGAUCUCCAGGGGCAGCUCUUACCAUCAGCCUCUGAAAACAUAUCCCGAGAGGCCGAUGGCCUGUUUCAAGCAGAGAUUGCUAUUGUUCUAACAGAAGAGUCCAACCAGAAAGUGUCCUGCUGUGUCAGGAGCCCCCGACUCGACCAGGAGAGAGAGUCAGCGAUUUCCAUAGCAGAGCUGUUUUUCCCGAGGGUCAGUCGCUGGAGGGUGGCUCUGGGGGUGAUCCUGCCUCUCCAGGCUGUUCUCAUUGUCCUGGCCGGUUACUGCUUCUGGAGGCAACACAGAGCGAAAGAGACACUGCGAUCUAAACUGGAGAGUGAGAAAGGUCAGUGA